UGUGUUGUAGAUAGAAAAGUGUGUUUACUUCUGUAGCGCGGAAUGAAUUAUUUAUUUAUUUUAUAAUCAAAAAUACAAUUAAAUUUUAUAAUAAUAUUGUGUAUUAGAAUUAAUAUUAUCAAAAGAUUCAACAUUAAGCCUGUAAUUCAAUGGAUGUUUGGAAAAGAAAUAACUUCAAAUUUGAAUUUGAUAAAGAAAUUUGAACUUCAAAUUUAAGUUGGUUUUUUAUCUUUGAAAGUAGAAUAAUACUUCCUUUUUUGCAAGAAUUAUUGUUUUAUCCAUGAGCAUAAUCCAUGACGAACUUCAAGAUGUUAAGAAUUAUUGUGAGUCUCGGAUACCUGGCAGCAAAAUAAUUGCUUGUGUUCCUUCUAUGGUUAGAGUUGAUUUGAGAAGAACAAAGUAUAAACAGUUAACAGUAUGUCUCCAAUUCCCUGAAUUAUAUCCUCAGUAUCCUUUACUUGUGGAAUUGAAGAGCAAAACUUUAUGCGAGAAGUUUUUAAAUGGACUAACUAAAGUGUGUGAAGAAGAGUGUAAAAAAGUAUUGGGGAAGCCCCAGAUUUUUAAAGUGCUUAAAUUUUUGAAGCUGUUCAUAGAUGAAAAUCCACUCUCAGUCUGCAGUGAGGAAGUAUCCUUAAUUAAGCGUCGACUUGAGGAUUCUGAUCAAAUAAAAUUGAAACAGAAGACAUCAUCCCUUUCUUUGCAUCUAACGGAAGGUUUAUAUUUUGCAAAAGUGAAAAUUACUGUUCCUGAUUUAUAUCCUGAGGAGCAAGUUCAGAUUGAUCUGAUUGAUUGCAAUUUCCCUAAGAACUUUCAAAGAUGGUUUUCUGGGCAGUCUGCAGAAUUAGCUCGGCAAUGUGUGGAAAAACCUUUAAAGCCUAAGCCAAAAGAUCCAGUUUUUGAACCCAAACCUUCCCUUUGGCCAGCAGUUCAAUUUAUUAUUGACGAAGUAAAAAGAUACCCAAAGGAAAUCUGCCAGUUAUGCAAAGAAAAAUGUUUUCCAUUGGAUCCAGCACAAAACAUCACAGAAGAAGGUGAUGAAAAACACAUAGAAAAAGUUUACUGUGGGCAUAUUUUUCACAAUGCAUGUUUGGAUAUAUACAUGAAAACACCACCAUUUCAUGGAGGAAAAAAAUGUCCCAGCUGUGGUAAAAGAAUUUACCAUGAAAAGUGGAAAAUAACACCAAAAUUGGCAGAAGAUAGAUGGGCUCAUCAAGAGGCUAAAAAGCGUGAACUUGGCGAAGUGGUCGAGUUUUUUGAGUGAAUUUCAGCCUGUCUUAUCUGACAUUUAAUGCUCUCUAAAAUAAAAAAUUUUUUCUGUUGUUUAA